AUGUCUUUCCCAUUAGUUGUCUUAGGAAACCCUUUGUUGGACUUGCAAACCAACGUCGAUGCUGAAUACUUGCAAAAGUAUGACUUGAAGUCCGACGACGCCAUUUUGGCCGAAGAAAAGCACUUGCCAAUUUACGAAGAAAUCGUCAAGAAGGACGACUUGAUCUUGGUUGCUGGUGGUGCCGGUCAAAAUGCCGCCAGAGGUGCCCAGUACAUCUUGCCAGCUGACUCUGUUGUCUACUUCGGUUCUGUUGGUAAGGACGUCUACUCCGAAAAGCUUCUCGCUGCCAACAAGCAAUACGGUUUGAGAACCGAAUACCAAGUCCAAGAAUCAGUUGCCACUGGUAAGUGUGCUGCUUUGAUCAGUGGCCACCACCGUUCUUUAGUUACUGACUUGGCUGCUGCCAACUUGUUCCAAGCUUCUCACUUGCAAAAGCCAGAAAACUGGGCCCUUGUUGAAAAUGCCAGCAACUUCUACAUUGAAGGUUACCAUUUGACCGUCAGUGUCGAAGCCAUCCAACUCUUGGGUAAGCACGCUGCUGAAAACAACAAGACUUACAGUUUGAACAUCUCUGCUCCUUUCAUUGCUCAAUUCUUCAAGGACCAAUUGGACAGCGUUCUCCCAUACGUUGACUACGUCAUUGCCAACGAAUCCGAAGCCGCUGCCUACGCCGAGUCCCACGGUCUUGCUGUCGACUCAAAGGACGUUGUUGCCAUUGCCAAGGAAAUCGCCAAGUUGCCAAAGAUCAACAACAAGAGAUCCAGAACUGUCGUUUUCACCCAAGGUGUUGACCCAACCGUCACCGUCACCUACGAUGCCGCUUCCGACAGCUUCGAUGUCAAGGAAUACAAGGUCAGAGAGUUGAGCUCCGACAAGAUUACCGACACCAACGGUGCUGGUGACGCUUUCGCUGCUGGUUUCAUCGCUUCCUUGGUCCAAGGUAAGUCUGUUAGCGAGGCCGUCGAUGUUGGUCAAUGGGCUGCUUCUUUGUCGAUCCAGGUCGUUGGUCCAUCCUUCCCAUUCCCAAAGCAAACCUACCCAGGUUCUAACUAA